AUGUUUGUUGCAGCUUUGAACUGCACUACCUUGGAGCUCUGUUGCUUUCUCAGUCGGGAUCUUGUAACUUCUGAAGUGAACAAGUUUGGAACGCUGGUGCAGAUACUCUACACUGUCCACACCUCUGGCAGCUUCCUCUGGCCCCCGGUGAUCGUCACAGCGUGGUAUGUUUCCUUCAGGCUUUUGGACCUCUCCUUUCCUACUUGGGAGCUUGUGGGUUACAUCGGCAUUGCGACCACGCUACUCUCCACAGCAUCGCCCCUGGGAUUCGCAGCCUAUUAUGGACGACUGCCUACUGUCAACGUCCUCACGUCUUUGGUUGCAUUCUGCUGCCGCGCUCUGUGGGCGUAUCAUGGUCAUGUGACCAAGAACAAGAAUAUGAAGUGGGGAAAUGGAAUUGCAAGCGGCUUGGCCUUGGUGCUCCUCUCCGUCGGGUAUGUGAGAUUGUUUCUUUUACUUUCUAACACUUACUGUUUUUUAAGGUGCAUUUCUCGACUGCUUACUAUGAUGUAGAACUCGCGAUCGGUUCUUUUU